AUGAAGCAUGAAGACGACAGGGAUAUCGAGAAGCUGUCGCAGGCGGAGAUAUCGCAGGACGAAACGCCAUCCCCGCCUGAAAGCGAGCCCACGGAUCCGACUUUGAUCGAGUUCGAUGGACCCAAUGACCCCGAAAAUCCCAAGAACUGGACUUCCCGGCGGCGAAUAUGCAUCACGGCGUCAAUGGGCCUUAUGACGUUCGUCGUGACCUUCUCCUCGUCGAUUUUCGCCGUUGCGAUCGAGCCGGUAUCGAAGGAAUACAACGUCAGUACACCCGUGGCUACCCUGGGCGUGUCCUUUUUCCUUCUAGGCUUUGUGGUCGGCCCCAUUGGCUUCGGUCCGGCCUCAGAAGUUUGGGGUCGACGGACGCCUCUAUUCGCGGGCUACAUUAUCUUCAUGCUAUUCAAUCUACCGGUGGCAUUGGCGACGAAUAUCGAGACCAUUCUCAUCGGCAGGCUGAUCGGGGGAAUUGCAGCGAGUGCUCCGGUGGCUAUUGUCGGUGGCUGCAUGGCGGAUCUUUGGCUGCCGGUCGAACGCACUUACGCAAUCUGUGUAUUCGCCGCUGGUGCAUUCUGCGGGCCGGUGGCAGGGCCUCUUGUGGGUGGGUUUGUUACUGAGAGCUUCCUAGGCUGGCGCUGGACUGCGUGGAUUACGAUGAUGCUCAGCGGAUUGUUCGGUGUAAUCGGACUUUUUGUCAUCCCCGAGACAUCUCCAAUGAAGAUCCUUCAGCUCCGCGCGAGACGGCUUCGAUACGAGACUCGGAAUUGGGCAUUACACUCCAAGGCUGAUGAGAGCCCGGUCAAUAUCCAUACCAUUGUCCAUGUAUAUUUGGCUCGUCCAUGGAUCAUGAUUGCACAAGACAAGAUCCUGGCGUUGAUCACGGCUUACAUGAGCUACAUCUACGGCGUGCUCUACCUCCUGUUCGAAGCCUUCCCGAUUUCCUUCCACGAGGACAGAGGCUGGAGUCUCGGCAUUACCGGCCUUUCGUACAUCCCAUUCAUUGUUGGGAUCGCAAUGGGAACAGGCAUCAUGUGGUGGUCCACGUCCGUCCACUUCAAACCGGCGUAUCUCAAAUACGGCAAAGCAAUACCCGAGCAACGCCUACCAGCUAUGAUUGUUGGGGCAAUUCUAUUACCUAUCGGGUUCUUUUGGUUCGCGUGGACAUCCUUCCCGAGUAUCACCUGGGUACCUCAAGUGAUGUCGGUAGCGCUGAUUGGAGCCGGUCUCCUCGUCACCUUCUGGCAAGGCACGAACUACAUCAUCGACUGCUUUGGCUUCUACGCCAACUCGGCCAUCGCGAUCAAUACUUUUAUCCGAAGUAUCGCUGCUGCCGUCUUCCCUCUGUUUGCACCAUACAUGUACCGAGGACUUGGAGUGCAAUGGGCGACGACUCUGCUGGCAUGUAUAUGCACGCUGUUCCUUCCUGUGCCCAUUUUGUUCUACAAGUACGGCGGGAGGAUUCGGGCCAAGUCGAAGUUCUCUCCGACAUGA